GAUGUGUUCCUAGGAUUGGAAUGCUUAUUUGGAGGGGUUGGGGGGAGGAGUGUCUUGACAUUGAAGGCAACCGAGGUCACUGUCCAUGCUUAAACCUGUAAAUGAGAAUGAGAGAGCCUGAGGUGGGCGCCUGUAACCUCAGCACCUGGAGACUGAGGUUCAAGACCAGACCGUACCUCAAAGAGAAAGGAAGGUUGACCAGUUUAAGGAUGAAGUACCAGUUGUGAAGGGUUUAAGUGGAAGCCUAGAGCUUGUUACUGCUUUUGUUUGUUUGGGAAAGGUCUCCUUUAGCCCAGGCUGGCUCUGAGCUCCUCUCCAGCCUCCUACGUCCCCCACCUUCUAAGCGCUGGAAUCGCAGAUGUGAGCCCCUGCUCCUGGCAGGAGGCUGGUUUUCAAGGGCCCAUGGACUGGGCUUCUCUGGGCCAGGCCAAGAACAGACACAGAUAUGGAACUGAUGAAGCCCUUAAGGGCUGAGGACAUUGGAUGGAGUCUGUCAUGCCGGGCUAUACCCAAGAGGAGGCGCUCAAGCUUUCUCUUAACACACCUCAUCCUGGACCAGCAACUGCCUCUCAGUCUCCAGAGCAGCAAGAAGUUGGAGAGGAAUGGCAAGAGGCCCUGGAUUCUCUGGCCACCUCAGCCCUCUCCAUGAGCUUGCCUCUGGUUUUUUGUUUUGUUUUGUUUUUUGUUUUUUGUUUGUUUGUUUUUUGAUGCUGGAGGCAGACUGUAGGAAAAGAGCUAUCCUGAAGGCCCAGGGGCCAGACUGCAGAGCUCUGCAAAUGCCUUCCUGGGCCUCUCUCGGCCCACCAGCCCCAAAGCCUGGACUGUGAGGUGCCUAGGUGCAGAGGGCCCUAGGGAAGUCACGCAGCUUCCUGGCUCCGCUCUACUGCUGCCCCCACACCCUUUGCUGAGGCCUGCAAUGACCCUGACCAUCAUGGGCCCAGCUGAUGGUCCUCUCUCCUCUUUGGGCCACAGGCUUCACUCUACUGCUGCCCCCACACCCUUUGCUGAGGCCUGCAAUGACCCCGGCCAUCAUGGGCCCAGCUGAUGGUCCUCUCUCCUCUUUGGGGUACACUGGCCUCUGACCUCCUCCUUCCUCUUCUGGCCCUUCCUCUUGUGCACCCUCUGCCCUCCAUCCUCAUGGCCCUCAUCCUCCCAGUCCUGAGGGUUCCCUCUUCCAGCUUGCCCACAUUCUCUGGCCCCGAGAGCUCCACGGUUUUCCUACUGAGCCUUUCCAGAUCCGUUUCUCUCCAUAGCGUCCUCUUUGCUUUGCUGCUGGGCUCCAGCCUGCAUCCACGUGCUGGGGACAAGCCCCAUCUUCCUCUCUGGACACAGAGAAGCUGCUGUGUUCUCUCCUUCUCCCCGAUUCUCCCCAGCCCCCAAUCCCUACAUGCACAGGACAGGUCUCUGCGUUAUAGUUCCACAGUGUACAGUGGGGCAGCGGUGGAUGCUGAGAGAGAUUCUAACAACGUGGGGCUCACCUGAAAGAAAAGCAAUCCUCAUUCUGAAUCUUAAAUUGUUUUAUUAUCACAUUUACCUCUCUACGUAUUUAUGGUGUGUGUGUGUGCACACGCGCGAGCAUGAGCACAUGCACAUGGAGACCAGAGGACAACUUGCAAGAUUCCAUUCACUCCUUCUAUAGUGUCAAUUCUAGAAAUUGAACUGGGGCCGACAGUUGGGGGGCAAAGGCUAUUAACCCUCUCAGCCAUCUCGAUGGUACGCUCUCCCUCCAUCUUAUUUCUCAAAAAAGAAAAAAAAAAAAAAAAGGAUCUUCUGGAUGCUUUUCAACUGAAACAGGUUAACUGAGUCCUAACCUUGUCCUGUCUUUGAAUAACAGAUAAAUGACUUGAAAACUUUUCCUUUGUACUGCCAUGGCACCUGUGCGUUCCUGCCUUCUCCCCACAGCCCUGCCCAGCUGGCAGGAGGAAGGUCAGCAAAGCUGCUGAUAAGAGGAAUAUAAAGAGGGUUCGGCUCAUGGCAAAGGGGCAGUGGUCUGCUCUCUCGGCAACAUGUUACACUUCCUGGUGUUCGCUUCCCUGGUCCUGUAUGGACACAGCACCCAGGACUUUCCAGAAACCAACGCACGGGUGGUUGGAGGGACUGAGGUCCAGAGGAACUCUUGGCCAUCUCAGAUUUCCCUCCAGUACCGUUCUGGAGGGUUGUGGUACCACACCUGCGGAGGAACGCUCAUCCGACGCAACUGGGUGAUGACGGCCGCUCACUGCGUGGACAGCCAGAUGACUUUCCGUGUGGUUGUUGGCGAUCACAACCUGAGCCAGAACGAUGGCACAGAGCAGUACGUGAGCGUUCAGAAGAUCGUGGUGCACCCCAGCUGGAACAAGGACAACGUGGCUGCGGGCUAUGACAUCGCCCUGCUGCGCUUGGCCCAGAGUGUCACACUCAAUAACUACAUCCAGCUGGGGGUUCUGCCCCAGGAGGGAACCACCCUGGCAAACAACACUCCCUGCUACAUCACAGGCUGGGGAAAGACCAAAACCGACGGGCAGCUGUCUCAGAGCCUGCAGCAGGCAUACCUGCCCAGCGUGGACUAUACCAUCUGCUCCAGCUCCUCUUACUGGGGCUCCACAGUGAAGAGGACCAUGGUGUGUGCCGGGGGAGACGGGGUCCGCUCGGGAUGCCAGGGUGACUCUGGAGGUCCUCUCCACUGCUUGGUGAAUGGCCAGUAUUCUGUCCAUGGAGUGACCAGCUUUGUGUCCAAACUGGGCUGUAACGUCUCUAGGAAGCCCACAGUCUUCACGAGAGUCUCUGCUUACAUCUCCUGGAUGAAUAAUGUCAUAGCCUCCAAUUGAACAUUUUCCCGAGUCAAGACAACGAGUCAACAUUUGCCUUCCCAAGAUGGUUCUUAGCUCUGCGAUGAGACUUGAAGUCAGCAGGAAGGAAAGAGGGUUGGGGUCAUCACUCGGUGGUAGAGCACUUGUUUAACAUGUACCGAGCCCUGGGUUCAUCCCCAACACUGCAACGGGGGGAGGGGGGGUGCGGGUGGUGUGGCUCAGCAGUGGAAGCCUUGUCUAGCAUGUGAGAAGCCCUGGGUUGGGUUCUCCAGCACCCAGGGAAAGGAGGGGGUGGGGAGGAAAGACAAUUCUGAGACUAUUGAACCAGAUACAGAAAGGCAAAUAAAACUGAAUGUAUUAUCACA